AUGGCAUCCUUAAGACACGAAUUCUAUGAGACAGACGAAAAACUGACGAUCUCCAUCUUUGACCGAGGGGCUGAUCCUGCACAGGUAUCCCUUACGUUUGAGCCAAACAAGGUUAGCUAUGCAAAUGGCGAGAAGACGCUAUCCUUAGAGCCGUUGAAAGGACGGAUUGAUCCAGAGAGGUGCGAUUUCACGGUCGGCAAAGUCAAGGUCGAAAUUCGCCUUGUGAAAAUGGCUCAAGGCCGCUGGGGAGGUAUCACUGGUGACGCUCCUGAUCCUCUCCAGACUGCCCCUAUUGUACCAGCUACUUCUCCGGCAGUGGCUGAGGCAAGGGCUAAGCCCAAGAAGAACUGGGAGGAACUUACCACCAAAAUUCUCUCAUCUGAAAAGGAGGCAACCACAGACGAGGACCCCAACGUUGGCGGUGACAGUACGGUCAACUCCUUCUUUCAAAAGAUCUUCGGAGAUGCAGAUGAUGACGCCAAACGCGCAAUGAUGAAAAGCUUCCAGGAGAGUGGAGGAACUACCCUUAGCACAAACUGGGAGGAAGUGAGCAAGGGUAACGUCGAAGUGAAGCCUCCGGCAGGUAGUGAGUGGAAGAAGUGGAAUUGA